GAGACUUGAUUGGUUACACCUUCCUGAUUGACGAGCACUUUUCUUACUAUUUCUUUCUUUUACCAGUUCGUGUAGACGGGUGGCUGCCUUGUUUAGUUUUAGCUCUAAAAUAAUCUCUCUCAAUCUUCCAAAAUGAGAAUUUACAAAGAUCUUUUCACCGGAGAUGAAAUGUUCUCUGACACCUACAAAAUUAAACUCAUUGACGAAGUUUUAUACGAAGUCUAUGGAAAGUUAAUUACACGAACUGAAGGCGAAAUUCAUCUCGCAGGGUCGAAUCCUUCAGCAGAAGGUGGCGAUGAAGGAAGCGAUAUGAACUGUGAGAGUGGUGUAGACGUUGUUUUAAAUCAUCGACUCUCAGAGUGCUUUGCAUUUGGUGACAAGAAAUCUUACACUCUCUACUUGAAGGAUUACAUGAAGAGAUUAAUAGAAAAAUUACAAGAGAAGCACCCAGAGGAAGUAGACAAAUUCAAGACAAACACAAGUAAAGUGGUGAAGGAACUUAUGGGCCGAUUUAAGGAAUUGCAAUUCUUCACUGGCGAAUCAAUGGACAUCGAUGGAAUGGUCGCCAUGUUGGAAUAUCGAGACAUCGACGGACAAAGUGUGCCUGUACUCAUGUGCUUCAAACACGGACUUGAGGAGGAGAAAUUCUAAGAAAAUUUUAGAUAAUGAACUAAUUAAUGAAUGAAACAAAUUUUAUAAUAACCGGAAAUAUGAAGACUGUACAGAAAACCGGAAAAAUAUGAGGAUUUUAAUGUAUAAAAAUUUAAAAUGUAGCCGCUUCCAGUGACUCGCGUGCACGAUUUAUUUAUUUGUUUUUCUUUUUUUUUAAGGACCGUUUUUUUUAAUUUAACGAGAAGCAAUGUUGUGUAUAUAUAUGUAUUUAAAAGAAAAGAAAAAUACGAAGAAGAAAGGCAAGGAAAAUUCAAUGUAAAAUGUUCUUUCUUUUAUUUUUUUUCUUUUAAUUAGAUUUAUAUAAACCAACUUUAUUCGAUCAAAUUUGUUUUGUUCAAAUGUAAAAGACAUGUUUCUUGUGAGAUUUCGAAAUGAGAAGAUGCAAAAAAAACAUUAUUUAUACUGAUAUUCGACGUAUGUUUCAAUUUAAAAAAAAUAAAUUUUGGUUUUCCGAUAAAUAAAGUAAAAUGUUUUAAUAAAAA